UAUUCGUUUCCUGUUCUUCUCCGAGUGAUGAUGAAGACGAUGCAGCGCGUGCCUCUGCUCCUCUGCCUCCUGCUCUCUUCCGGCCCGGCCCUGGCCCUGGCCCUGGACUGCGCCUGGGACCCGGAUGUGGACCCGGAUCAGGCUCUGGACCCGGAGUCCAUGGUCUCCAUGCUGCUGCCGGGCCCGGACGCCGUGGAGGGCUCGGACCCGCAGCGCUGCCGCGAGGCCUGCUGUGAGACCGCGGGCUGCGACCUGGCGCUGCUCGGCCUCCCCAUGGACGGACCGCCGCAGUGCAUGCUGGUCCAGUGCGUGCGCCAGGGUCGGAACAUGUGCGGGUUCCAACCCAGCACCCAGUUCAAGAUGUACCGCAAGAAGGUCCCGACCGCCGCCGGGGCAGAGAACCAGGAGGCCGGGGAGCAGGUGCGCGUCUUACCGCUGGGGACGACGGGAGAAAGCAACCAGACCCACAUUUUAGUGAUUGUUGUUCCAUCAGACACGGAGACAUGGAGUCCAGAAUGCAAGAAACCAAAGUUUGGGUUUAAUAAAGUUGUGUCUCUUCCUGCAGUCAAAGUGCUUCCCUCCUCCAAGAAAGAUGAAGAUGAAGUUUCUGCAGAAUACCAAGAUAGCUGCAUGGUGCCCUCGGCCCCUGGCCCCUGCCGUGCUGCCUUCACCAUGUUCUACUACGAUGCCAACACUGACUCCUGCCAGACAUUCAUGUACGGAGGUUGUCAAGGCAACAACAACCGCUACGGGAGCUUGGAGGAGUGCAUGAGCCGCUGCAGUAGAGACGCUUCUUUUGAGUUUCAUGGAAAACCUCGCAAACACUUGACUACAGCUGUCUUCCUGUUCGUCACUCUGGCGGCUGUCUCUGCUCUGCUGCUGGCGGCGCUCGCCGUCCUCACGCUGAGACGCCACCGCCUGUCCGGCAGCCCGUCCGCCGCCAGUGAUAAGGAGGAGCUGCUUCCUGAAGAUGAUCAUUCUUCUCUGGAGUCUCUGAGUGUCCCAGGCAGCCCCAAACUGGACAACGCUUAAAGGGGGGGACCACCCUGAGGGGGUUAGGGGUUUACUCUGGGGGUCCGGAUCUUUAACCCGCUAUACUCUGGAUUCUCUCUGCAGACAGAAGUGUUGUAUGUUUCCUUUGUGUCUUCGCUUGCUGCCUACCGUGAUUCAAUGAUAAUUUUGGGAACACAAAUGAUCGAUUAAAU